UGCACAAUCAUCGUGUGUUGUGCCAGCUCUAGUUAUAAUAGCAACAAUUGAAAACGAAAAUAUAAAGCAAUUCGGCGCAUUUAAAACCCGCGAAGAGGAAAGUUGCAUAAAGGAGAAGACAACGAAAAUAGCGAGGGAAACAGGCGUGAAAAUACCAAUAUUGUUUGUCACCUGCAUCCCCGCGUGUGUGUGUGUGUGUGUGUGAGCGAGUGUGGGCGCGUGUGUGCGUUAGUGCGUGUUCGUGUGUUCGUGCUUUGUUCUGCGAGCGUGUCGUUCUGGUGGAAAUGGCCAAGAAAACCUACGACCUGCUCUUCAAACUCCUGCUGAUCGGCGACUCCGGCGUGGGGAAGACGUGCAUCCUGUUCCGGUUCUCGGACGAUGCCUUCACCUCCACAUUCAUAUCGACCAUCGGCAUCGAUUUCAAAAUCAAAACAGUCGAGCUGCGCGGCAAGAAGAUCAAGCUGCAGAUAUGGGACACCGCCGGCCAGGAGCGAUUCCACACGAUAACCACCUCGUACUACCGGGGCGCCAUGGGCAUAAUGCUCGUGUAUGACAUAACGAACGAGAAGAGCUUCGAGAACAUAGUCAAGUGGCUGCGGAACAUAGACGAGCACGCCAACGAGGAUGUGGAGAAGAUGAUCCUGGGCAACAAGUGCGAUAUGACGGACAAGCGGGUGGUCAACAAGGAGCGCGGCGAAGCGAUUGCCCGUGAGCAUGGCAUUCGGUUUAUGGAAACAUCCGCCAAGUCGAACAUAAACAUCGAGCGGGCCUUCUGCGAGCUGGCCGAGGCCAUUCUGGACAAGACAUCGGGCCGCGAGUCGGCGGAGAAUCCGGAGCGCGUGAUCAUCGAUCGGCGGAACAACGAGAAGGCGCAGGGCUACAGCAAGUGCUGUGCGUAAAAAGCGGCAUUCGAGGCGAACGGGGCGUGCUCCUCGGCCCGGUUUGUGUGCUCAGCUGUGCGCGGGGAAGAAGGCGACGCAAGAUGGAUGACGGACGAUGGACGAUGGAUGAUGGAAUGGUAUUAGAACGGAUGGGAAUGCGCGUGCGGACCGGUUUCUGAAACCGAUCCGCGCCAACGGAGGAGGGGAGACAAAGCAAUACAACCGGGGGUCAGUCGCGCACGGUGGGAACCCACUUAAAGGCGGAGGAUACGCAUCAUACGCAUCAUAUGCAGAUGGAACAAGCAACAGAAACAACCUACCUAAAGUUUAGCAACAACACAGAUUAUUGUAAUACGAACAUUUGGAAGCAACUUUACAAAACGAGAAGACGGCUCAGAUCGGAUGGCAUUUGCAUUUCGGGCUCGGCACCCUUGCGAUCGCAAGCUAGCGUGGGAUACACAAGAUCGGUUCCGGGGACUUAGGAUACACGAGGACACGGCAGACUUAAGCAACUUUUGUAACGUAACUUUUGAUAUAUACAUAUAGUCUUACGAUUCCUGUACUACUCAGUCGUUUGUUCGUUCGCCAUCACUCGCACUUCUCUCGCCGGCCCCUGAACCCUGACCCCUGACCCCUCCGCGCGCUUAGUGUUUUGUUUUUGUUUUGCCCUUCAGCCUAGAUAUAAAUAACACCUAUACAUAUUAUACAUCGGAUAGUAUAUAGCGUAUACAUACCAUAGCGCUUGCUUUCGCUUUGUUUUCGCCACCAAGCCAGCGAUACUGGGAUUUCGAUGGGGGUGGGCAGGUUGGGGGUCAUUAGCUAGUAGAUUCGUACAUAGAUCCGUAGAUCCUCGCUGCAGUCACGCCUCUCAUCCAGCCCGGGGUCAGAGUUCGAGCUGCUCCCAAAUUGUUUUUCUGAUUAUUGCCCAUAUAUAAAUACGAACCCAUAUAUACUGCAUCGUUUUUAUGUGCAUUAUUCGCGCUCGCACACCCAGAAUACUACUAUAUAUGAAUAUGCGUGUGUACACUUAAAGAGGGGGCGUGGGUGUGCGCGCGUGUGUAGCGCCAUGCAUGUAGGGACAGUGCACGCCGUGAGUGCAGCAUCUGCUGGGGAGGAGCGCUCCCGGCCCCAAACGCCUCCUGUCUCCUUGUAAUUUUAUUCUACAUAUAUAUUUUUUUUGUCGUGUAAACCAAUUAUUUGUAACUGUAUAUGGAUUUAGUUUAGUUGUCUACACCAAAUGAUUUACCGAUUAAAAAUAUAAAGAACAACCUAAACCAUGUCAUAUAA